AUGACUCUUUUCAAAGAUGAUGAAAUUUGUGGGGAAGCUUCUAGUUUUUUUGCCUCUGUUCUUUCAACUGAAGAUAAUUUGGACGUUGAAGCUCAGAAUUCUCUUUUAGAAGCCAUUCCCUCUAUUUUGAGUGAGGAGCAGAAUAAGUUUUUGAUUUCUAUUCCUUCUAAGGAUCAAAUUAAAGUUGUUGUUUUUUCCUUCAAAGGUAAUAAAGCCUCAGGGCCGAAUGGCUUUUUGAUGUUUUUUUUCCAAAAAUUUUGGCAUAUUGUGGAGAAGGAUGUUUCUGAUGGGGUGAAAGAGUAUUUGUGGGCCAGGAAUUUGAUAAAGGAGCUUAAUUCUACUUUUAUUGUUCUAGUCCCUAAGUCCAUUGGGGCUAAGCCUAUGGAUUGCUUUCACCCUAUUAACCUCUGUAACUCUUUUUACAAGAUUAUUUCAAAGGUUCUCACUUUGAGACUUCUGUCUGUUUUGCCUGCUAUCAUUUCCCCACAACUAAAUGACUUUUUCCUCGGAAGGCAGAUUAUUGAUUCUAUCAUCACGGUGCAUGAGAACAUCCACUCCAUCGAGGUAUCUUGUAAAGAGGGAUUUCUUAUUAAGUUGGAUUUAUAUAAGGCUUAUGAUCGAGUUGAUUGGUCUUUUUUUCUAGAAUUCUUCAUGCUUUUGGGUUUUGUGGCAGAGUUAUAA